AUGACUAUGAACGACGGGGUGUCGCCAUUCUCCACCCCAUCGGAUGCGCCGCUGCUAACGAAUCGAAUCGAAUCGAAGGAGGGCAUCGUGCUCAAGCGCUCGCCUCUUGAACGUAUCCUUCGCGUCGAACGGAUCGAGCAUCCGGUGAUUCGGGAGGUUCGCUUCAAGCUCAAGGCCAAGGCUAAUGUCAAUGUUCACGGAGAAGCCAAGACGGGGUGA